GCCGUAAAGAUUUAAUAAAACGACUAAAUACUAAUAGUUACACGUUCGCAAAGUUUUCAUAAAAUCUAAAUUAGUAAAAUACCUGUUAUGCAUAUUGAAAAAUGUGACAUGUCAGAAUGUUACCCUUGUUUGCCUGAAAAAAUUGUGACGGAGCGCUAGAGAGUACCGCCAGAGCUUCCAGAUUUUGCCAAAACAUGCCAUUGACUACAUCCACUGUGCUAAUAAACUCCUCUCUCACCAUGACAUUAACUCAGAUACAUCUAUGAGCUAAUUCUAUCCAGUAUAACUAAUUUCUCUCCAAGCGGCCAUACUUCAAGCUUAAAAAUUUUCAAAAGAAAUGGCGCAACUAGCAUGGUAAUUUUAAAUGGAAAUGAACCGCUUAGUUUCAAACAAGACCGCCGUUGGCGGCUGGCCCCACUGGUGGUGAUACGGGGACGCCGCGGCUUAAAUUUAUUUUAUUGAAUGCAUUUAUUACCACCGAUCUGGAAAUAUUUAGUUGAGGUACUGCCGGACAUUUAUUUGGUAGUGGAAUGGUACUCCAUCUUGUUGAACCCAUAUCAUAUUCGCUGGAACUUGUGGGUUUCCUGGAUCAGGAUACAAGUUGGCCAACGUUGGCACUACAUUAUUUUGAAGCAAUUCUAAAUAAUUAUCGCCAUUCAAAUUGCCCUCAAUAAAAAAGGCACCUAUGAUCUGAUUUUCAAUAAUUCCUGCCCACACGUUAACCUUUUCAGGGUAUUGAGUAUUGUCUUCUCUCGUCCAGCGAUGAUUUUCCCUGCACCAAUAGCGGCAAUUUUGACGAUUGGCAUGGCCGUGAAGAGUAAAGGUGCACUUAUCAGAAAACAUAACAUGUUCUAAUUGGAUCACAUUGCUGUCUAACAUUGCCAUCAUUUGUUCACAAAAAUACAUUCUCCUGUCAAAAUCGUCUUCCGUGAGCUCCUGGGUGAGUAUAAUUUUAUAGGGAUGCAUUUUGUUUCCUUUUAAUAUUCUAAUAACUGAUGAAUAGCUAAUAUCGAGUACUGGGGCUGCUUUCUGAGUAGAUGUAUGUGGGUGUUCCUCAAACUCAAGCAUAACAGCCAAUUUGGUAUCCUCACUUAUUGCAUUGGCAGCUGCUUUUUUUACCUGCCUAACAUGGCCCAGCUCGCGGAAUUGCUUUUCUAUUUUACUAAUUGUCCCUUGGGUUAAAGGCGGCAAAUUUGGAAAUUUUUCGUGAAAUAAGCGAGCUACUUCUAUUUGCGUCCGUGUAUUAUCUCCAUAGCCAACCAUCUGCAGAUUUGUUAUUUUGUGCAUUUCUGUUAAAUGAACCAUUUUUCUGGCUUGUAGUUAACGAAAUUCAAACGACUGUAGCACUGACGACUACUUCUGUCAUGCAACAUGAGUCAACAUUAAGUCUGACAAUUUUUUAGUUUUUUUUAUUCUCAUACCAAUAAAAAGGAAUGCUGAAAUAGUUUUUGCUUGCUUUAUCAUUACCAAGACCUAAAUGGGCAAGAAGGAUUAAGUGAGUUGUAAAGAAUCUUGAAAAAUAAAUAAUUUUCUUUUCUAAAUUUAAUUUUUUGAAUUUUACUUAAUAUUUCAGAAACAGUCAAAAAUAGGUAUAGGACCUUGUAUACAAAAUAUGUCUAAAAUGAUAUGAGGAAUCUAAAAAUUAAUUAACAUUCAGGGUGUUAUGUUUAAACUAAGCAAGUUGGUAUUGACCACCGUUAUCUGAUACACCCUGUAUAAAAAGUUUUUAUGAAAAAAAAAUGCGCAACUAUAAAAACCAAUCGACGUGUUCGAGCGUUUUUUCCAACACGCUCCCAUCUAUUUAUUAGCUAAUUUAUUCCAUUUGGCUGACACACACUGUAUAUUCUAUACAAAGUGGUCUUAAAAUCAGGUAGAUACAUAUACCUGGUUGUUAAUGUUGAAUGCAGUAUUGAAUUGCGAAUAUUUUAUAAAAGAUGAUAGGAUUUUUAGAAAAUAUUUGUGAAGCUUUUGUAUCUCUUAAAACUUCCUAAGCUUAAGAUGAUUUAGAUUAGAAUUUUCUCAGUGUAUAGGAAAUGAGAAGUAAUUUUAAUUUUAAGAGAAGUCUCUUUAAGAAGGAAAUGGAAAGCUAGGUAAAGCUUUAGGCAUUUAUUAGGUACUUUUAUUCCUUUCAAAGUUAUUAUUACGUAGAUCAAUUUAUCUUGCACAAACUAUAGCUUUUACGGGGCCAACUAGGACGGUAACGACAAAAUACCCCCAGAAGAGACCACGUCUCGCAGUCUGGCGCGCCUCAUGUGGGACCAAUGGGUGGCAUGCACAAAAACCACGGCGAAUCAGUGAGCUCACAAUAUGGCCAUAAAGCAAAGAGUGCUUUUGGACUAGAAGACAUCGACAACAUAUCUGAAAUUAACAAUAGUACUUUUUUGGGGAAUUAUAACAACUUGUUUAACGCUUCAAGUAUAAAUUUACUGGUUCCUAAAACAAAAGAUGCAGCUAACAAUUUCAGAAAAAGUAAAAUCCAUAAUGAAAAUUUGCCUGAAAUCGCAAACCUCGCCCAAUACAGGUUGGUUACAGGUAAUCCAUUCCAGCGACUAAGGAACACUUUAAACAAAAAUGAUCUAUACCCACAACAAAUACUAACUGUAGACGUCGCUCUAGGAUCAGAACUUAUAUUGGCAUCAGAAACUAGAGGAGAAGUAUAUUUUGAGAUUUUCAAUCAUGCUGAUACAACUCAAUUUGUGUCCUUCACUUGCAGCGAUUCCAAGUACAUUUUACAAAGUUUGUCUACGUAUAGAAUAUCCUUGAAACCUUUUGAAAGUACCCUAGUAAUACUUUAUGUACAUACAUAUUCGGGUAUUUAUCAGGACGAAAUAACGUUCACUGCAAGAACUGGGACGUUACGCAUUCAGAAAAGAGUUCUUAUAGAUGUUAGAACACAUCUAGAACAAUACGAAAAUACAUUAUAUGCUGACUGGAAGUAUACAAGUGACUGCACUGGAAUUCUAUAUUCCCAAUGCAGUUCAGCUUCAUGGAGGAUUGAGAUAACUGCUCACGCUCCUGGAUCAGGAUUACUUCAACUAAAUACAGAACCAAAAGGUAUAACUAUUCCUCUUGGGUACACUGUUGGAACUACUGAGGCAGUUACUGGAUAUUAUAGUGAAUCAUGCUGUUAUCCAGACUUAACAAUAAUUGCAGUUGAUAGAAGAAAAAACAGAAUAAGUUAUAAUGUGAAUGCCUUUCAUAAUACACUUAGUGCAGGCAUCAUAGCUGCCAUAGUCCUAGGUAUUAUUCUUUUUAUAAUUCUCUGUGCAGUUAUAAUAUAUCUAGUGGUAAGGCGAUGGAAACAUAAACGUGAAUCUUAUGAAUUACCUACUUAUCGUGGAAGAACUUUAAGCAGAACCAAUUUUUGACAAUUAUUAAGGUCGAUAAUUAUCGAACAGAACCAAUUAGAUAUUUGGAAUAAUCUAGGAUGAGUCGACCCUACAAGUAGUAUAUCCAAAGGACUAUCUUUAGAAAUGUUUAAUUUAAGUUACUGGUUAACCAUUAAAAAGCAGUUUUAAAAUGUUUUAAUACUUUUAAAGUUUUUUCAUACAUUUUUAAAUGUAAAGAAAUAUUUAAAUUUUAUAAAACUUGUAAAUAUUUUAGGUCUUUUGGUUUUUACGUUAUAAAAACUUAUGAUAAACCAAAAAUUAGAUGUAAGUUUUAUAUUAUUCUUAAUAUUGGAUUUAUCCAUAAAUUUAAUAUAAUCUAUCUGUGGAA